CUUUCGCUUCUCCACACAUAAUAAACAAUCACUCCUUCAUACACCCACAAUAAUAUACUACUUCUCUCCUUUUUUUCUUACCACAUUCUUUUCACUUCAUUUGCCGGUAUUUCUACCGGAAAAUCAACCAUUUUCUUACAAUGGACGUUCGCCGGCGACCUGUCAAGCCUUUAUACACUUCCAAAAACGAUGACGUUUCCGCCGGCGAACCUCUAAUGAUACCCCACCAACAAGAACGAGUUUCUUCACCCAAAGCAUCUGAUGCUCUUCCACUCCCUUUAUAUCUCACAAAUGGGUUGUUCUUCACCAUGUUUUUCUCUGUUAUGUAUUUUCUUCUCGUCAGGUGGCGUGAGAAGAUCAGGAAUUCCAUUCCUCUACAUGUUGUUACCCUUUCUGAAUUGGUAGCUAUGGUUUCGUUAAUUGCUUCUGUUAUAUAUCUGUUGGGUUUCUUUGGUAUUGGGUUUGUUCAGUCAUUUGUUUCGAGAUCGAAUAGUGAUACUUGGGAUAUUGACGAUGAGAAUGAGAACUCUGAACACCUUAUUAUUGAGGAAGAUAGUCGACGUGGUGGGGCAUGUGUUGCUGCUACUACUCUUGGUUGCACACCACCUGUUCGACAAAUUGGCCCAAUGGUUCCUCAACAACCUGGUAAAGUAGCUUUAUCCGUUGCGGAGAAACCUGUACCUCUAAUUACACCUGUAGUAUCAGAUGACGAUGAGGAGAUUAUUGUUUCCGUUGUUCAGGGUAAAACACCGUCGUAUUCGUUGGAAUCUAAGCUUGGUGAUUGUAAACGAGCUGCUUCGAUAAGGAAAGAAGCGUUGCAGAGGAUUACAGGGAAGUCAUUGGAAGGGCUACCCUUAGAAGGCUUUGAUUAUGAGUCUAUUCUUGGACAGUGUUGUGAAAUGCCUGUUGGAUACGUGCAAAUACCUGUUGGAAUUGCGGGGCCAUUGUUACUUGAUGGGAGAGAGUAUUCAGUGCCAAUGGCGACAACUGAAGGGUGUUUAGUGGCGAGUACUAAUAGGGGUUGUAAGGCUAUAUUUGCUUCUGGUGGGGCUCACAGUGUUUUGCUUAGAGAUGGAAUGACUAGAGCUCCGGUUGUUAGGUUUAACACAGCUAAAAGAGCAGCUGAGUUGAAGUUUUUUGUUGAGGAUCCAUUGAAUUUCGAGACUCUUUCUCUUGUCUUCAACAAAUCGAGCAGAUUUGCCAGAUUACAGAGCAUUCAAUGUGCUAUAGCUGGUAAAAAUUUGUAUAUGAGAUUUAGCUGUGGCACUGGUGAUGCAAUGGGAAUGAACAUGGUAUCCAAAGGUGUGCAAAACGUUCUGGAUUAUCUUCAGAACGAAUAUCCCGACAUGGAUGUCAUCGGCAUAUCUGGUAACUUUUGCUCGGACAAGAAGCCAGCAGCAGUUAACUGGAUUGAGGGGAGAGGAAAAUCAGUAGUUUGCGAGGCCAUUAUCAAGGAAGAGGUGGUGAAGAAAGUCUUGAAAACUGAGGUUGCUGCUUUAGUGGAGCUGAAUGUGCUUAAAAACCUUACUGGAUCAGCCAUGGCUGGUGCCCUUGGUGGCUUCAAUGCCCAUGCCAGCAACAUCGUCUCCGCUGUAUAUCUAGCCACUGGCCAGGACCCUGCUCAGAAUGUAGAGAGUUCUCACUGUAUCACUAUGAUGGAGGCUGUAAAUGAUGGCAAGGACCUCCAUGUUUCAGUAACUAUGCCUUCUAUUGAGGUUGGUACAGUUGGUGGUGGAACCCAACUUGCAUCACAAUCAGCUUGCUUGAACUUACUGGGAGUGAAAGGUGCAAACAGGGAGUUACCAGGGUCAAAUGCACGGCUCUUGGCUACAAUAGUAGCAGGUUCUGUUCUUGCUGGUGAGUUAUCUCUAAUGUCAGCUAUCUCGGCUGGGCAACUGGUUAAGAGCCACAUGAAAUACAAUAGAUCUAGCAAAGAUGUUACCCAAGUAACCUCCUCUUAGUGAGGAACAAAAACAAAUUAAUUAUCCCAACUUCGUGUACAUCACCAGCCCCACCAAGUAGCUUCCUUUAAGGACCAUGUCAUUAAAGAUAUCGAUUCCAAUAAAAGUAGGAAUAAAGUUUUCCAAUUAGGGAGAGCAGCAGCAGACCAAAUUUGAACAGAAAAAAAGAAAGAAAGAGCAAGAGUUGGCAAACAAAAAAGUUGAACAGAUGUUGACACAGGAAGACAAUGGUCAUGUGGAGAAUUAUCAAGAAGAGGAAAGGACAAGCAAAACAAGGUGGAUUUGUAUGUAGUGUUGUAUUUUUUCUAUGAAGCCAUGUGAGGUUGUAGGGUCGUAAUUUUUCUGAGUUCGUGUGAAAUAAACCAGCAAAUAUAUUUAGGUGGCAUGUUAACAGUGGGGUUAACUUGUAAUUUACUGUCCUCCCAAUAAUUUCAUUCAAUGUGCCUAGGAAGAUGACCCUUUCUUUUAAUCUUUUCUGUUGUACUCUCUUCGUUUGUUUGUUUGUUAAUUUGUGACUAGUUUGUAAUUUAGGGAGUAAUGGCAUCUCAAAUUCUUCACAUUUACUCAGAAAGUGUGCUUUUGUAUAAAGUAUGAUUUUUU